AUGCACUUCUCCACACGAAAUGCUUUCUACCUUCGGGCAUCGAAUUAUCGAGUUAUCCCACUAUUCCUGUAUCUGGACGAGCGGCAUGUCGACUGGAUGUCCGAACGAGUACUUCAGCUAGUCAUAGGUGCUUUGCAGCCGAAGAUGACGGAAUUACUCUUCACCGCUCGAGGUCAGAAGAAGCACAAAGUGCACGUGGAAAGGGGAGAGGGAUAUCAAUUCUGUUAUUUCUUGCGGACCACAACCAGAACGGAAGUGGUUUUGUUAAAGGAAAAAUCAUUCUCGCUGCGUCCUCCCACGCCUCCUCUCGAGGUCAUACCAGAACAAUCGCCCUCAAAGCGUAAAGCGCCCUCCUCAUCCGGUCGAUCUUCAAAGGCUCCUCGUCGAGCUCGUACAAGGUCCAGAUCUGUAGCAACCGAGUUGGAGGAAGUGGAUCAAGCCAACUCACCCGCUUUGCAAACUGUAGAUGAUGGCAAUGAAGAUGCCAUCGACCAAGAUGGCGUUCGGGUCAAAGCCGAGCCGGUGGAUCACGAUGCUGAUCGAACGGAAUCGAUGGAAGAGACAAAUAUCAAAGAUUGGAAACCCGACGUGGAUGUAUCAUAUAAGGGAUUCGGCACCUCGUCUGUACAGCUUGUACUGAUAAUCGAACCGUACCCCCCUCUACCGCCUUCUCAAUACGCUCCUCCGUCGUCUAGACUUUCCUCCCGUUCCGCUUCGAUCGCCUCUGCUCGAUCAAGAUCGAGAUCAAAGCAGGGCACAGGCGCUAUACGAUAUUCCUCCACCUCUCUAUCCCUAGAUUCAGGUGGUCAACGUCGUUCGCAAAGUGUGGCCGAGCCCAAUAUGAGGAACGCCAGUCGAUCUGUCUCGGCGGUUCCCAACUCCAGAAGAGGAGGCACAGCGUCGGUCACUCCGUUCGGAAGGGAGGAUAGCUCGACCCCUGGACCGAGUGGGAGUGCUGGUCGUAGACGGUCGAGUCAAACCCCAUUGUUCAUGCCUCGUGAUACCCCGUUUGAUGAGGAUGAAGAAGAUGAAGAGGCGCACGAGGCAUAUGAAGAAGCGCUGCGAGAAGGUCGUCUGAGAUUACCGUCGGUCAACCGUCCAGCAGGCGAUCAGAGUGGCCUAACGAGGAUGAACGAUGAUGAUGACGAUCUAGAUGAUGUUCCGGAAAGUAUAGUGGAUAUAGGAGAACGUCUGGUCAGGAAUAGUCAGAUCGAGGAAGGGGUGAUACGUGUUCAAGGUGGAUGGGAAGAAAGAGCUGAAGGUGAGGAAAGUGCAGUGAUGGGUAAAGAGGAGCCUGGGGAUUAG